CCUGGAGCCCUGAUGCCUGGGCUCUUGCCUGGCUCUGGAGGUGCACUGAUCAGCACCGGUUAAAAGGAAACUUAACAUCAUCAGACAAAGGCUUUUUUACUGGUGUAGCCAAUAAUGUUACUGAUAAAAGCAGCAUGCAUGUGUGCAGCCACCACGCAGCGUCCAGGAACGCAGCCGGGCAGUUUGGAGAGCCCUGUUCGGCAGCACCAGAUGCCACCCUGGGCGCAGGCAGGCGGGCAGCAGACAGGCUCCCCACCAUUAAGUGCGCUGCGGUUUUACCUCCCCUGGGGGCAGGCCAGGAGCGGAGGGAGCCUGCACCCGGACCAGGAGCAGUGCCGGGGGGAAGUGGAGGGGUGGGGGAGACCCUCCCAGCUGUGCGGGGCAGCUCUGCCAGGGCCGAGAUGUGGCCGGACCCUCCCGCUGCCGCGGAGAAACCCCGUGGCAGGCAGCGCCGUCAGCAGCUGGAGCUGGAGGCGCUUCGGGCCCGGCUGGCACAGGCGGAGCAGGACAUGGAAACUGUGCUGUCCUGCGCACGGCAAAGGGAGGAACGGCUCCGGGCCCAAGUGGAGGCGCUGAGGAGCCAGAACCUCUUCCUGGUGCUGGCCCUCAAGGCGCAGAGGGAGCAGGGCUGCGAACAGCACAACAGCCCCACGGAGACUCCCAUGGAUAUGGAGGGGAUGGCGGAGGAGUGCUGGCCACCCUGGAGGGGUUGCAUUAGCCCCCGCCAGGAAAUGGAGGCAGGGUCCCAUGAGGUCAAGGGGACCCAGACCAACCUGCCCCUCACUGCAGAAGCCAGCACCCAGGCAGAGGGCCCUGGGCAUGAACACGCCAGCACCCAGACUGGGCCCCUCUGCCGGGCUGAAGUGGGGUGCGAGACUGAACCCCUGCCCGUCAUGGAGGCGAGCACUCAAACAAAGGCUCGGCUCUGUCAAAAUCAGCGAGGACACGGGGAACGGAGCAGAUGUCCCUCCCAGGGGAUGGACGCAGGUACUCAGGCCAGCCUGCCCCUGACCAGAGAGGCCAGCACCCAGGCAGAGGGCCCCCACCAUGCAGACAUCUGCACCCAGACUGGGGCCCUCUGCCUGGCUGAGGUGGGGUGCCAGGCUGGCUGGGGGCCAACAUUGGAGGCGAGCACCCAGACCAAGCGGCAUCAUUGUCUAAAAUGGACACGACAGGGGGAAAGUGCUGACACGGCGGCAGAGGGGAGGAGGCGAAGGUGGGGAGCACUGAGCAGGUUUCACCUGGCCUGGAUGGUCCCAUGCUGUUUUGCCCCCAGAUGAACAGCUGAACUCCUCCCCUCCCCAUGUCUCUGUCCUCCCUGUUCGUGAUGCAUCUGCCAGCGCAUGAUAGACACCUGCACCCAGGUGUCCCUCCAUCCUCCCCUGCCUGAUCCGGGAUGGACCCACAGGAUGCCAGUGUUGGUGCUUUUGCCUCUGUGAGCAUCAGCUGAGAAAAACCUGGACGCUCAACUUGCCACGCAGAGGAAUCCAGCAAGUUCCCCUGGAGGACAAAGCAGCCAGGAAAGCACUGCACGCUCUCUCGACUGCCGCAGCAUCGGGGACCCAGGCAGAUGCUCUUCCUCCCAAUGGAGUUGACACCUCGCAGAGAACAAAAGACAAUGUCACCACACCGAGAAGUCACCAGGGCUAAUUACAAGACCGAGUGGAAAGGGGUGAGCUGCAGGGAAGGAAGUGCCCCAGACAAGUCAUGAACAUGCUGUCACACCUGGACCCUCAGGGAACCACUGAUCACCUCCAGGCAAUCUUCUCAAGGCAUCCUCACAAGGAUCACAACUGUGACAUGAUGCUGAGAGGCUUGUCUGCUAUCCUUGACAUCAAGAGUGAUGUCGUCUGUGGCCAUGGACUUCUGCUAGGGUCACACACGUUGGUGAAGUUGAGAGCAAGCUGCCAGACCAAUAGUGCUCCAAAAAUAUGGAGAAAAGUUAUUGAUUGUGGAGUGAGCAGAUGAAGCAGAAUAUGUCACGAUUGUGGCAGGGGCAGAAGUAGGUUGCAGCAGAACAGAAAUCUUCAGUCCUUCUGGUUUUUCUGGCCAUGGGAUUCAGGUUUCCUUCCUGUGAAGUACUGUGUGGUUGCUGAUGCACAAUGCAAUCUCCACGUUAAAAAAAGACAUGCAGAGGCCUCUUGCUUUAAUAGCAAUUCCCACAGUGAUGGGUGGAUGGCGUUGGGGCAGACAUGUGUAAUUACCAGAAGCCCCUGGUCACAGACCUUCCCCAGUCACAGACCUGCACGUACGGAGCCAGUGACUGGAUGAUGAUGAUUUGUACUUUGAACUGAGACUGGUGUGCAAUGAGGCAGCUGCAAUUAUGACUGAGCAGGCCUAUUUCAGAUCACCUCUGCUCAUCUGUGUGCAGGGGACACUAGAAAAGGCACCUGAAACAGCCUGUGUCAUGUCACCUGCCUGAAUCUGCCCAGGUCAAGUACUGAGGUCUGCAACCUGGACUAUCCACACCCUGGUGCACGGCACUAACAGCGACCGACUGGCCUGAAGGCCAGCACUUGUGUCCAGAGCUGCAUGGAUUUCUUUUCCUGAACAAGUGUUCAGAAAAUGAGAUCAUUUAAAUCAUCCUAAAGCAACUGAAUGACACAGUGAAACGUAUGACAGGUACUUGCAGAUACACUCAUGCUCCUUGGCUGUCUCUUCGUUUCAUACCCCUUCUGCUCAAGUUUAAGAUAAAGAGGCUACAUUAUCAUGGACCCCGCGUCUAAACUUCCUGGUUUUCUUUUACUAAGGCAGAGUUUGACUAUGUUGAACAAGGUUCAGAGUGGACAACUACCUACUUCGGUACUGGAAUUGUAUUAAAGUGCCCAAGUGGGAGUGUGGCAAAAUCCAGACUGUAGCACAUAUCACCGAGGACUGUCCUGUUUAUCUUUGAAAUGAUUGCACUGAAGACCUGCAUCAGGCUGCUGCUGAUGCCUCGCCAUAGGUAUCAUACCUGAUACGGUCACUCUCGCCUUAUCCCUCAGUACCAUUGCUGAUAGGAUGCUUAGAACUUGUUCUGUUAUUCAGAUGCUGUAUUUCAUACAAAUAAAUCGCUAAGCAAUAAAUGGGAGCCAUUGUGCAAGACCCCCGCUCAAAACCCUGGCUCCUAACUGACUGUAUCCUAGUGCAUUGCAAAGUCCCCCUCGGCACAGCUACAACCAGCGCAGUGCAGGACCCCAACAGCUACAGCGGCCGUAGCAGAAGCGCUCACGUCGUGGCCCGGGCAGAUCCUGACAAUCUGCACUGCUGCUGAAUCCCUGUCCUCGACCGUCUCAGGCAGGACACGAGAUGAGGAGGAGAGGACGAGCAGUACAAAAGGCUGCUGGAUGGAUCCGCAUUCGAUAUGCUCCACCAUGCCCGUCCGCACGGCCACAAACUGAUGUCAGCAAAAGAAGCAACCAAAGAAGGGGUUCAAUGUCAAGUGCUGGAGAAACCCUGCUAAAAGACAUCAUCUCCACCAGUUCUUCACGGACAAACACGCCAACUGCCCUGACGCUCCUGACACCACUGAUCACUCAACAAAGAGCGAGAGCUUCAAGAAAGGUGUCCAUGAGACGUGCUAAAAAUCUCAAGGCUUCUCCAGAAAGAAACAUCACAACUCAUUUGAUGAGAAUGAAAGUCUUCAUAUUACUCAACCAUUCAAAACUGAGAGAACAAUAUGAACUUUAAAUAGAAGUAUCUGCAUCAGUGUGUUAGAAAAGGACUCCACUAAAUAGGAGUGUAAUCUGUAACAUGUUAUAAAAAAUGGGAUAAUUUAUUAUACCAGUGCUGCGAAUCCUGAUGAAACCUUCCCUGGGCUCACAUAAGGGUUUCACUGAAGAGAAGGUGCUUGGGUUUGGUUCAGCACGUCAUCCUGCACGUUCCCCUAGUCAUUGCUUCCCAUCUGCCCUGAGGGUUUUCUCCCCCUCCACUUGCCUGAUCCCUUCCUCUGCAGGUUCUGCUGAAUCCCUGUCAUCGACUGUCUCAGGCAGGACACGAGAAGAGGAGGAGAGGGCAACCAGCCCCAAAGGCUUCUGGAUAGAUGUUUGAGAUGUUCCACCAUGCCCAUCUGUAUGGCCACAAAUUGAUGUACCCAAAAGAAGCAACCAAAGAGGUUCACUGUCAAGUGCUUCAAAACCCUGGCUAAAGGGCAUCACCACCUCCAGCAGUACCGGAGGGAGAAACGCACCAAGUGCCCUGAUGCGCUUGACACCACUGAUCACUCCAGAAAGAGCGAAAGCUUCAAGAAAAGCAUCCCGGAGGCAUGCCAAAAGUCUCAAGGCUUCUCCACCCAGAAACAUCGGGACUGGUCAAUGACAGCUUUCAAAUUCGUGCCUUUCAAAGUGACAGAAGACACAACAACAUCAACUUUAAAUAGAAGUACUGCAUCAGCGAUCUUCAGUAUACAUAAUUCCCUCACUGGCCCCUACCACAUGGACAGUUUUGCACACAAAGGUGAAGAAUGGAUUUCCCCUUUUGUGUGUGGUAGAAAAAGACUCCACUGAAUAAGUGAUUAAUCUGUAACAUGUAAUAAAAAAUGGGAUAGUUUAUUAUGCCA